UGAAACUUGUUUGAGGUUGUUAUUUGCAUAUUUUGAACGACAAAGUGUACUAUAGAUGACAAGCAAAAAAUAUAUUGCCAAAGCGCACCCUGUAUUUUUGCCCAGUUUUCCGAGAGCAAUUCCGAGGGACCGAGUUAUGUCGACGAGAGAUGUCACCAGUGGAGAAUUUAGCUGUUGGGUGUCUUGUCAGCACAACGGGGGCCGAACAAUCAGCAAUGUCCGUCUCACAGAUGGAGAAAAAUUUAUUCAACCUGAAGUUCGCUGUGAAAGAGCUCGAGCGAAACUCAAAAAAAUGCGAGAAAGAGGAAAAAGUGGAGAAGGCGAAGGUGAAGAAAGCCAUCCAGAAAGGGAAUAUGGAAGGUGCAAGGAUACAUGCUGAAAAUGCUAUUCGGCAGAAGAAUCAGGCACUCAAUUACCUCAGAAUGAGUGCGAGGGUGGAUGCUGUUGCUAGCAGAGUACAGACAGCUCUCACCACGAGAAAAGUCACACAAUCCAUGGCCGGUGUUGUCAAGGCCAUGGAUGCAGCUAUGAAGUCAAUGAAUCUUGAAAAAAUUUCCAAUCUUAUGGACAAAUUUGAGAGCCAGUUUGAGGACUUGGAUGUACAGAGCUCGUACAUGGAGAAUGCAAUGUCUCAGACCACUACCACGAACGUUCCCCAGGCUGAUGUCGAUUCAUUAAUGCAGCAGGUUGCUGAUGAAGCUGGAUUGGAAUUGAAUAUGGAGCUGCCAUCAGGUCAACUCGGUAGUAUUGGCACGUCAACAGCUGUCAGUCAGGAGCAGGACGAACUCACACAGCGGCUGGCUCGGUUAAGAGAGUAACAGCUAUCGUGAGACAGUAUAUUUUCAUUAACUCAUUUAAUGCAAAUACUAUACGAAAAAAAUAUAUCUUUAACGUAUGAUAUAAUAUAUUAUUUUAUCGAGAAACUAUUAACAAUACUUUUGCAUUAUGCGGGUUAUUAUGUUUGAGUGUAGUUGUAGGAUUCGUCAGGCUGUUGACCAUUUUUUUAUUCAUUCAAAUCGAGAUGAGUUUUAAAAUAAUUAGAAAAAUCCUGCUAAGAUCUUCUUGAGAAAAUCGUUGGAGGAGCUUGUAUAAAAUACAAUUAAAUGAUUUUA